CUGUGCUUCAAUACAGUCAAUCGCUUCCGCUAUUUCAUAUAUACUACGAGUGCACGGCGCAUCCGCAAAGUUUGGAAAACGUCGUCUAUUUCAGUGUUUCAGGCGAACUCUGCGAAAGAAAUCCAUCAUUUGGUACGAAUUCUCGGUUUGAAGUAUGGUGUAGACUAUUCGGAGCCGAAGAAUCGAAGAACGUUACGGUAUGGCGGAAUAAUCAUACUUACUGAUCAGGACGAGGAUGGAUCUCAUAUCAAGGGUUUGAUUAUCAAUUUCCUUCACACAUUUUGGCCACAACUGCUUCGUAACGGAUUUGUGCAGUCAUUUAUGACUCCUCUAUUGAAAGCUCGUCGUGGAUCUGAGGUUAUCAGUUUCUAUUCGAUGAAAGAGUUCAACCGAUGGAAAGAAAGCACUCAAGAUGCUGAAAAGUUCACCGUCAAAUACUACAAAGGUUUAGGU